AAUUUUCCAACAAAUACCAAGUUUAUCACUCAACCAAAAUACGCCUUAGUAGAAUUUCCCAAUUCCAAACUUGAUUCUGAACUUGCAGAACUUCAACCCAAGAUCAUUCCUAUACCAAUCAGUGAGCAAACAUUUCUCUUUGAUGUUAAGGAGCUUCUUGCGGAAAAUGUUGCAAAAGCCGCCAAAAUUAACAUAAAACCCACAAAAAUCUCAAUCAAGCGUAAAGCGCUUCCUUUAAUUCCGGUCUACAGCAUGACAACACAUAAGAGUCAAGGCCAAACGCUUGGUAAAAUUAUCAUUGAUCUGGUCAUGCCGCCUGGUCCAGUCGAAGUCGCAUCAGUUUACGUUCCACUCUCACGAGUAAAACGGUUGGAUGAUUUACUGAUCAUACGUCCUUUUGAAUUCGCAGCUCUUCAAGUGAAACCAUCAGCAGCGCAGCGCGAAGAACUCAAAAGAUUGGACCGAAUCGCAAAAAGUACUCCAAAACGAUUUCCAAUAUCUAUGUAG